UUUGCUGUGACUUCACUUGAUGUCUCGCUACAAAUACGCCUGUUUGCCUUUCAAGUGCUUAAGCCGGUGCCGACUGCAACCAGACUGACGUCACUUGCAACCCAUCCAUCCCCUACUCUUCUCCUCCCUCACAGCCACAAGGAUGUGUUUAGGUACAGAAACAUGGUACCGUUUGAUUUUACGUGAAUUGGUACUCUGUAGUACCGACGGAUUUUGGUCGGUACCUAUAAAAGUACCAAAUUCGGUGCCCAUCCCUAGAGGAUCACCUUAGAUGUCGCUAUAGCAAGGUGCAUUUGUUAUGAAAAAGGAAAAGGGUGUGAAACAUUACUCAAGCAGUUACAAAAAAUGUUUUUGGUUCCUCUUUUCAAACUUCCCCCUGUUCUCACUUUUUUUUUGUCUCUCAUAGGAUUGUAUGUCAAGCUCUGGUCACAAUGAACAAACAGGAAGUCAGACAGCGGUCUCGCUCAACAGCCUCCCCCUCCAGCCUGACCCCCAGCUCUCAUCAGUACCGUUGGUCCAGUGAUUUUUGCUACAGUAGCAGCUCCCCUGUCAUUAUUAUCAGGAAGAAUGUGAAGGAACCGCAGCCUCCACAGCGGGGGGUAUCGCUUGUUAGAAGCCAGAAUCCAUCUACUCGUUCAGUCCAACGCUACUCUGACCCAAUUACUGGGAUCUGUUCGAUAACUUGUGCGCUGUCAUCCCGUUCCUCUUGUUCCUCCUGUUCUUCUCCUGUCCAGACAGCCGUCAUAACGGGCCAUGACCCUCUUGGUUGGAAGUUGCAUCCCAAAUCCAGCAUCUCCUCCAUUGGGGUUCGCACAAAUAGGCUGUCUCUGCAGAUCCCACUCCCUGUUGCUAUUCCUGAUCCCAAUCCCCUACCAUCCAACACAUCUCCAACAAUUCAACCUGACCACACUCCAAAAACAAAACCUCCUCUCCAAAGCAAACCAUCCCGUCGUCACCACUCAGACUCAGAGGCCUUGCUCAGAUCCAUGCCUUUGGUGACACUUCAGGAGCUCCGUGAUGUGCGACUUCGCGCUGUCAUCCGCUUGGAUGAAUCGGAUGAUGUCUUCACCGAUGCAUACACAGAGGAAAAAGUGUCCCCUCUGUCACACAAAAUGCCACCAGCCGUUCCACCCAAAACCCCCCUGGCAAGAAAAAUAGCACAACUCAUUGAUCUUUCACGGCAACACCAAAGGUGUGCUCCACCCAAAAGUGAGCUGGAGAAAACACUUUACAGUGUGAUAAAGCCAAAACCCAAAGUUCAAGAACAACAAGCUGACAAACAUUGCAGCCUGUAUCCCAAAACAAAUGGAUUGCGUGUGGAGACAACGAGCAGCAGGAAGAACAUCCCAUGCUUCCCUGGCUAGACCUGGCGACAACUAUCAUUGGGAUGCUCCAACUUUAUAAGGAGAGGACAACAAUUUCCUCAUACAGCUUUCUACAUAACUAUAUGCUAUACUCUCCUGGAAAAAAUGAUUAGACCACCCCUGUUUCUUCAGUUUAUUGAUCCAUUUUAUUGCCUGGUACAACUAAAGGUACAUUUGUUUGGACAAAUAUAACGAUGAUAACAAAUAUAACUCAUAAGAGUUGAAUUUAAGGGCUGAUAUCUAGCAACUUCCAUGGUUUUCUUGAUAAUAACCAAAAUGAAUAGCUCUAGCAUUGUACUGCCAAAAAAAUGUAACUCUUAUGAGCUAUUUUCAUUGUCAUGGUUAU